UGAAGUUAAGGAAACACAGGAUGAAAAAUAAAUGGGAUUCCUAAGUGUGACAUGUAAAAUGUUCGGGAGCAAAAUAAGUCAACAAGGAAUAGAACACCGCUAUUAAUAGGAUAAUAAUUUACGAAGGAAAUAAUUUCUCAAACACCGCUUAUUCGUCCUUUUAAAAUAACUUCCGGUGUUAACACGUGUGAUUGGACGAAUAGGUAUUUUAUUUAUUUUACUUCGGUUAAAAUUUUCAACUUCCGGAUGGAGUCUUCAGGAAGUGAACAUUUUGAUUUGAAUGUGGAACCAGUAGAAACCAGUGACUGUGAAGGGCAAAGAUGUCGUUUGGGCUCAACACUGUGUGCUUCCCUUGGAGUGGAGCUUGGUUCAUUUGUAAGAAUAACAACACCUAAAAUUUCGGCAAUAUGUAGCGUCUGGCCGAGACCUGAAGACCAGGAUGGUGUAUUGCAGUUCAGUGAAUUAGUUACUCGUGAUUGUUUUAAGACAACCAAAGUGUUUGAUGGUAUACCUCAUAUUGAUGUACUCUCUACAGCAAAUGCCAAAUCAACAGAAAUUAGUAUAAUUGCAAAAGACAUUAAUAGUUUUGAAAAAUUAAAACACAUGCAUCGACAUUCUGUAUGUCUUCAGGAAUACUGUCGCAGCUGUUUACAUUUUGUUGGCAUUGGUGUUAACGUCAAAGUUAAUUUGAGUAAAUCAGAUGUUGGUUGCAAGUAUGGAAUGUCUUAUAUAAUAGUUCAUUCUAUUAAACCAGAAACUACUGAUGUUGCCAUUGUGAGUAAAGCAACUAAAGUUCGCAUCCGUGAUGUUAUUACUGAAGAGAAAUAUAAACAAAGGCUGAAUAAACCAAAUAUAGUUCUUGGUGGCUUAGAAGAACCUGCAGAAUCUCUUAAAGAAAUUGUAAGACUUCCCAUGAUACUGAAGGAAAAUCCCAACUUCAGAGGUGCUGAAUUGCCCCGUGGAGUGCUACUUCAUGGUCCUCCUGGUUGUGGUAAAACAACCCUUGUCAAAUACGUUGCUGUUGAAUGUGAUGCCCAUUUGGUGACUGUCAAUGGUCCUGAGCUAUUGUCCUCUCAACCCGGUGAAAGUGAGCAGAAUCUUAAAACAGUUUUUGAAUUAGCAACUCGGAUUGGUAAGACAGAUGGUUGCAUUUUAUUCUUUGAUGAAAUUGACUCACUGUGCCCUAAACAAGAUUAUUCAUCAAAGAGUUCAAAGCUAACAGCCCAACUAGGAUUACUUAUGGACAGCAUAGAAAAUGAUAGUGGUCUUGUGGUGGUGGCUGCCAGUAAUCAGCCAGCAGCUAUUGAUCCCACUAUUCGACGCCCUGGAAGAUUUGAUCGAGAGGUCCUACUGAGUAUCCCCACAAUGAAACAGAGAGAGAAGAUUUUGGCAGCACAUUUGAAGAAGAUGCCAGUAGCUGUUGAUGUUAAUCUCGGUGAAUUAGCUGAAGUGACGACGGGAUACUCUGGGGCAGAUCUUGCUUUGUUAUGCAGAGAAGCUGCUUACAUUGCUCUAUCUGAAUACCAAACGGCACCAGUAGACUCAACUCCUGUACCCUUGAAGAAAUCUCAUUUUCAAACAGUCCUUAAAAAAAUCAUGCCAUCUCUAACAAAAGGAAAUGAGAUAACUUUAGAUUCCAAGCCAAUUGCAUGGGAUGAUAUAGGUGGACUGGAAGAUGUAAAGCAUGAAAUUCAGCAGACGAUAGAAUGGCCAUUGAAGUAUGCCGAAAAGUUUCAGAAACUGAAGUUAACAUAUCCUCAUGGUGUACUUUUAAUUGGUCCACCUGGUUGUUGUAAAACAACGUUAGUCACCACAGCAGCUAAUGCAACUAAUACAGUAUUCAUGUCACUGACAAGUGCGCAGCUUUAUUCUCCUUAUGUAGGACAUUCAGAGACACUCCUGACUGAGUUAUUUAUGAGAGCACGGGCAUGUGCACCAGCUAUCAUCUUUCUUGAUGAACUGGAUGCAUGUUUUGGUAAGCGAUCAGAGAGUGGAUCUGGAGAUGGCUGUAGCAUAAAAGACCGUUUAUUGUCCACAUUGCUCAAUCAAAUGGAUGGCAUUGGUGUGAAAUUGGAUGAUGUUCAAUAUUCAAAUGCAACUUCUACCGUACAACCUAUUACCUCAACUACAAAUACAGACGUACCUAUUAAUCCGGUUUAUAACAAGCCCUUUGUGAUUGUUGUUGCUGCAACUAACAGGCCUGAAUUAAUUGAUGAAGCUCUUUUGAGACCCGGUCGUUUUGACAAAAUCAUUUAUGUUCCUCCUCCUGAUGAANAGAGUAGAUUAGAAAUCUUACAGAUUUACACACGUAAGAUGAAACUUAGUGGUGUUGAUCUGGAAGUUCUGGCAAAACAAACUGUGAAUUUCACUGGAGCUGAUAUAUGUAAUCUUUGUCAACAGGCUGCUUUGCUUGCAGUUCAGGAAGAAGGAUUCUCUGUGAAGACAGUCACCAUGCAGAAUUUUCUAGAUGCACUCAAUACCCGUGGUUCAUCUCUGUCUGAACAUUUCAUUCGCCAGUAUGAAGAAACAAAGACUAAAUUUGCUCGACUCACUGGGAAACAUAAACAUUUAUAAAAUUCCCAUCAAUCAGAGAGAAAGAAAAGAGAAAAAAUAAUGCAAGGAUGAAAUGUGUUCAUGCAGAGUAUUUUGUGGUCUAAUAGAGAAUAUUUGAGUUUUCGUAGAUGUAAAAUGCAUUUUGCAUUCGUAUUAUUAACAUAUCAAUUCUCUAUUACCAUAUUUAAUUAGGCUUGGCAGUCUAAUUUAUCUUUCCCAUCAUUUAAUAUAUAUUUUUUUUAUGUUUUCUAUUUAGAAUUGAUAUCAAUUCAUUUUCAUUUUCUUUUUGUUACUGCUGGAACAUUUUAUUAAUUUUGUAGCUCAUAUCUAAACUGAUUUUUAUUUUUUUAUUUUCGUAGUUAUUGCAAUUCUUGUUUACAAAAUGGUAAAGUUGGUGUAGUUUGUAGUGUUAAUUUAAAUACUCUUUGGUACCUAUUUCAAGAUUCAAAUCCUGGUGAGGUCAGCUUUUAAUUUCAAUCCCAAGUGGUUAGGGCAAUGUACUCUUGAUUGUAAGAUUGUGGUUUUGAUCCCUGGACCAGGUGCUGGUUCGUGGACUUGAGCACACUUCAUUUCAUGUUGCUCAAGUUUGCUCAGCUGUGAACGAGUUCCAGCAAUAGCUGGGAAUUUAACCCUGUGAUGAAUCAACACCCCGUUCAACUUCAGCAGGAAUUGUAAUCUCAGCCACUUAUACACCUUAGAAACCGAAUUAAACCCUAUCCACAUGAGCCCCAGAGCUCCUGACAAAUUGAAGAAGAUGGAUGAAAAGUUUCUGUGAUUUUCUUUUGAUUUUGGUAAUUGUGUAUUUUACUGUAGAUUCAUUGUAAUUUACGUUUUUUUUUUUUUUGUAAACGAUUUUUAUAAAAAAACUUUGGUAUAUACUUUUUUGCAAGUACAGUUUAUACAAGUUUUAAUGAUAUUCUUCGCUGACGUUUAUGCCAAAUCCAGUUUGGUACUGGAUGGAUGGUGAGCAGAUACUCUUUUGAAUGAGAUUGUAGUUCAGAAGGGCAGAGACCAUUGUAGUUGUGAUAAGAUGAACUGAUACAUCUGCAAGAUUGCAAUGUGUAGCCAACCAAGUUGAAAGGUCCUCUACACUCUGGGCAGUUUAUGACUGGUAUUGUGUGUUUAGAUGUUGAGAUUGCAUGUGCAAAAGAUUAAGGAGAUGUGAAAAGUGAUAUAAUUUGUAUAAGAGUGUGUGUUUGAGGGGAUUGCAUGUCAGUCAUUAAUGUGGAGAAGGAAGAGGGUGAAAGACAUUACCAAAUCCUUGGACACUCAGAGAUGAUGAAAUGCAGGUUGGAGAGAGCUUUAUCAUUGUAUUGGUGUGGAUCUCUUUUCUACUCUAGGCACAAGGCCCAAAAUUUUUUGGGAGGGGGCCAGUCGAUUAGAUCGACUCCAGUAUGCAACUGGUACUUGAUUUAUCAAGCAUUUCAUCCGGCAUGCUAACGUUUCUGCCAGCUUGUCGCCUUACAGGUGUGGAUUUCUGAUCCAGAAUGGGAGAUAACAGAGUCCAUAAGUGAGCAACUUAGAUGAACAGUUCUCAUUCCAGCCAUGAUUCAAAGUUUUGCUGAUGUCAAGAGGGAUGACAUUACUCUGGUCUAAGUUCUGAAGUACAAGUGAUUUCUGAAGCACUCGGGGGCAAGUAUGGUUUUGUAAAGAAAUUUGCUUUGCAACUAUUUAGUUUCAGAGUUGAUGACACUGCAUGGUACCUUGGCCUUAUGUUUUCUACUAUAGCCUCUUAUUGACCAAUUACCUGGGGUGUGGAAUUUGGUAGAUAACACCUGCAGAAGAAGCCAUUUAUAUAUAUGUGUAAAAUUUUUUAUCUUAAAGCCAUUAUAUGUUUGGGAAGAAUUUAGACACAUAUUUGUGCAACUCUCACUGCUAGAAAUCCAAUAACCCAGUGAUUUGUCCUGUUAUCAGUGACACUGUUCACCAAUUGCUGUAGAAAAUCUAAUCAAACUGCCUGUAGAUCUGGAGCUAUGGUAGCCAUACUAGUGUUUGCUGUGGGGUGAAGGAGAAGGUGAAUGUUUACAAUGGUUUCCAUUUCCUUUGAAAUGUGGAGUUGAUAGUUUUAGAUCAGUAGGUGGCUGGAGAAGAAAGGUUGCAGCACUAAUGCAUUGCAAAACUUAGGUUUCUAAAAUUCAGGAUUGAUUUUGGAGACCUGAUUAAAGAAUUUUGGUACAGAUUUCUUAGGCCUCUCUAGCUAGUGUGCUUCUCUAACUAUGCUUAUGAUAUUAAAUCUCUCCACAGCAAGGUAAUUAAACAUUCAUUAAAUAUACAGUGCUUCAGCAGUAAACUCUAGCAGUUUGAGUGUCAAUCAAACUAUCUGUAACUAUGAAGAGUUCAUAGUAUAUAGCUUAAACUAGCUUGCUUUGACUAUCAAAGGAAGUUUACUUUUAAUCAUUGCAAAAGUGUGUUGUCUUGGAACAGUUCUGCCCCAACAAAGUAUACGCAAUCAACUAGGAUCCCUUGUACCUCCUGAGUAUGGAUAUGGAAAAAAAAAAAAAGAAUGUGUGUCUGUUUGGCUAAAAGGAAAGGAUUAUGUAAAUGGACUAAAUAUGAACUUUACUUUUUACUUGGUGGUGGAUCUAAUUACUAUUGAAUUUUGAGAUGUACACACGCACGCACACACACGCACGCACACACACACACACACACACACACACACACACACACACACACACACACACAUAUGUACUCACUGUAUUUGAUGACACAUAAGAUGCACUGUUCCAAAAAUAUGUCUUGAAAAAUACCACCCUAAGUCCUUAUGCAAAAGUGAGCCUCCCUGAAGCUAAUUUCACCCUUGACACUCACUUUUUUUUCUGAAUAUGUGCUGCUGAAAUUAGGGUGCCUCUUUUCUGCCAUCAAAUGUGGUAUAUGAUAUGAAAUCGUAAAUGUUUGUUUGCCAAAUAUUUGCUGUAAGGACAUAUGAUUCUUUUCUAAUUGAACCUCUUAACAUUGUUAAAUCUUUAAUUCUUGAUCAUUGAUCUAAAUAUCUAAUUGUCCAUUAACUUAUGCCCUUAUAUUUUCCCAUCAUGCAUCUCAUCUAUGUCAUAAUUGUUCUCUCAUAUUGCUCAUUACAGAUAAAGUUUUAUUGCAUAAUCUCAUUUGCUAAUUUUUUGACUAAUAUGUCACUGUCCAGCUCUUAAACAUCUUAGUUAAUGAAUACUAAACGACCUGCAACUUAAAAAAAAAUCUUUUUAUAUAUUACUGUUUUCCUUGUCUCAGAACUGAUCUCUACUGCUGACAUAUUUGUUCCAGCAGAGAUAACUUUCAUUCAUCAGUAUUCCUUGUCCUUCAAUCUCUGUGAUACUUCUAUCUUUCCAUUGUUAACGAAGGCAAGUGGAUCUAAAUAUUUUCCAAUAAACUCCCAGUGACACUCAUAACACUAGAUAUCUCAUAUCUCAAUCACAUCAAACAUUGUCAAAACUUCUUUGUUGUCUUUAUUUUAUAUUUAAUUUCUUGCCAACCAUUUUUCUCAUUCCUUCAAGAUAUGUCUGUUGCUUAACUGAUCCAUUGCCAUCCAAAACUGAUCAGAGAUUUACAGCCAGACAUCAGGCAUCUCUAAGAAUCAUUCAGCUGCAUUAUAUAUAUAUAUAUUCUCUAAUUCUUUAUCAUUUAAUGUUCAUCUGUACUUUAUGCUUAAGGCUCUGUUUAUGUUAAAUUUGACUUUACUGCAUUCGUGAAAACUGUAUCACCCUGGGAUAAACUUUGUAUUUUAUAUUUCUUUGUUGCUCUGGUCAGGACAAAAUGCAUGUGGAAUGUGACCAGCUGGCUGGCUGGGUUCCUGCGUUUUGUUUUAUAAUGGUAAAAUUUUGUUAUACCAAAAGUUUUAGUUUCAUUGCAUUCCUGACACAACAAGGAGAAGCCAUGAUAACAUUGAUUGUGGUCAUGUUUGAAGAGUUUUCACUAGUGUCAUGAAUGAAAUCCUUGUCUGUUAGUCUUACUUGUGGGUGGGUAUGGUAGUGGCUUUCAUACUGUUAAUAAUGCAGUUCUAUCAUUUCAUUAACUCUCCCAAUUAGAGUACAGUAUGAUUAUUAUGGUACCAUUUUAAGAAAGUUAUUUUCCCAGAUUUACAUAAGAGUGAAUUCUUUGAAGCUGUAAUUCUAUUAAUUAUGAGCUUUCAUGACACUCAAACAAUUUCACUUCAGACUGAUUGUUUUUCUGAAUGGAACAUUGGUAAGUAAGGGUGGGAGAAAUUUGAGACAGGAAUAGAGAACAGUAAUAUUGAAUUUCUUCAACAAAUGGUGGAACAUGAACUUAUACAUGAUUGGAAAAUACUAUUUAUUAAUGAUGUUACUUGUGUAUGUCAUAAAAUGAAAACUAUAAAGUAUUCAUAAAUAAAUAA